AAAACACCCCGCACAGAGCGCUCUCACUCUGCCAGGCUGGAAAGAGCCUGGAUCAGCCAGUGUUCACAGGGUCGACGCUGCCCGACGCCGUCGCGGUGUGCCUGGGCCACCGCGCGGGCAGCCCCACAAACCAAUGGGCCUCUUCGUCUUCCACGGCGACCACGACCACACGUGCCUGGACACAAAUGCAGAGCCCAUCGCGACUAGAAUAAGCCCUGUUGCGCCGCCGAACGUCUACGGGCCGCUGCCGUCGCUCAACGACUGGCUCAAGCGCGUGCUCAAGCGCGAGAUUCCACGCGAGCAGCUCGACGCGCUCGUCGCGAACGGCGUCCGGCGCCCGUUCCACCUCGCCACGCUCUCGACGUCGCGGAUGGGCGCCUGCGGUUUUGACGGUAAGGAGGUCUCGACGAUCAACGCCGUCGCCGCCGCGGCUCUGAAUAAAAACAAGCCGGGCGCGCUCCUCCUGCCCGUCCGCAUAUGGGGACCAGGCACGGAUGACCGCAUGCGCCUCGCGGAGGUCGUCGCGGAGUGCUCCGCGACGCACGUCGUCAGGCUGUCGCUGGUGUGGCACGUCUGGGGCUGCGGCCGCGUCGAGCACAGCUUCCCCGAGGCCGAGCUCUGCGGCGACGUCUCGCGGCACGUGGCGGCGCUGAAACCCUGGGAGCACGUGAGGUAUGUCGACUGCGUCUUCGAGAAGGACUGGGUCUACGCCUUCGACGCGAUCCGGCCCGUGCCGCAGCAUCGCCUCGUCGGGCUCAAGGUCAAGACAUCCAGCGGCAAGAAGCACCGGCUCCGGAUCGAUAAGAACCGCGCGGCGUACUACUCGGAGCGGCGGCUCGGCCGCAAGGCGCUGGGGCGCGUGAAGAUCCGCCUCGACCCGCCGGCGCCGAAGGGCUGGGGCCUCUGCGGCCUCGACGCGCGGCCGGGCGCCACGGGGAUAGGAGGGCUGGGCGCGCGCUGGGCCCGCGUCCGCGAGGCGCGCUGCGACUGGUCGACCUACGUCGCCAGCGACGACCUCGCCGCCGAGCGCCGGCGCCUCGCGGCCGCCGUGGACCAGCGGCGUCGCACCUCCCAGGACCGGGAGAACGUAAACAACGUCACGGGCCGCGUCGCCGUCGAGCAGCAGGACGCGAUGCUCCGCGCGCUCGACCGACCCGUCGCGCCCGUGAGGGCGACGAGAGCGGUUACGCCUUCGGCGCCGCCGCUCCUGCCCGCGGCGGCGAUCGCGCGCGUGGCCUCGGACGCGCCCGUGAUGGCGCCGGCGCGAGUACCGUCCGUGACGCCGAUGCACCGUCGCGUGACCCGACACCUGUGGCCCAGCGCGCCGCCGCUCCCGGAGGCUGAGGUGAUUGCCACGACGGCGGCGCCAGUGCAGCAAGCGGAAAUGGUCUGGCCCGAAGCGCCGACGGAGCUCCCGACGGCAUACGGGGAGGAGGGCCAUUCAGCGCAGUGGACUGAGGCCUCAUGAUGUGUAUAUAACUUGCUUGUUCUUUACACACGUGGGGGGAGGGACGGCU